AUGAAUAGCCAACAUAAAAAAAGUAAAUAAGCGUAAGGGAGACAUCAUACAAUCUCUCAAACUGGAGGAAUUUGACAGAUCGAACGAAACGUGUUCCGAAUUCCUUUUUCCUUUGCCAAGGGAUGACAUUAUAGCCCAGCACUCUGAGUCUCAAUUAAAUUUGUCUUGAAAUGCCUCUAUUCCCAAAUAAGUUCUCCCCGAAAAAGAUUCCAGGGCGCAAAUUGGACCCCGACUCUUCAAGAGUAGUUGAUCUGUCAAAUUCUUCAGAAUUUGGUUCAGAAAUAGGUCCCAUCAAGCUACGAUUGGGAGAUCAGGAAGCAGUCUUCCAGGAUGGUCAGUGGAUACCAGAAACAGGCCCUGUGAGUGGAAAACAUAAAGAAAAUGAGAAAAUGCGAAACAUUAUUAAGCGUCUAGAGGAUGAAAAUAACAUGCUUAAACUGAAGACUGAAAUAUUGUUAGAUAUGCUGACCCAAACUACAGCUGAGUCUCACCUUCAAUCAAAGGAACUAGAUAAACUGAAAACUCUGGGAAAUAGGUUACCGACUAAGAGGUAACUCUCUCUAUUGCUGCGGUGUGAACUCAGUUACCUAUUUAUUUUCAUGAUUGCACCUUUGUUUGGUCUCAUCAGUCAAAUAGUUAAUAAACCAGAUAAAGUUGUUUCAAAA